AUGAAGUUCAUUAACCCUAAAAACCUAUCUCCUAAACACCUUUUCCGUUCCAAGAAGGAAAAAUCAUCCGUAUCAAGAUCCGACCCGCUUUCCUUCGGGUCAUCUUCUUCCUCUGACGAAUCCACUCACAAAGCCGUUACCGGAGGCUCUCAAACGCCCACCAGCGUCCUUCCCGAAGCAUCAUCCAGCUCGUGGUCCGAUGUCACGGUCGAAGUUCAAUGGGAGCUUGCUCAGGCUUUCCGGUUAAUCGACCGCGACAACGACGGCGUCGUUUCGCGUGAAGAACUCGAAGCGGUUCUCACGCGCCUCGGAGCGCGUCCGCCUAGCUCCGAGGAGAUAGAGAUGAUGCUAAGCGAAGUUGAUAGCGAUGGUAGGGGAUGCAUAAGCGUGGAAUCGAUCAUGAACCGGAUCGGUUCUGGUUCGGAUCCGAACCCAGAGGAAGAACUGAGGGAAGCGUUUGAGGUUUUUGAUACGGAUCAGGAUGGGAGAAUCUCGGCGGAGGAGUUGUUGAGGGUAUUUAGAGCGAUUGGUGAUGAACGGUGUACGUUAGAGGAGUGCCGGCGUAUGAUAGCAGGUGUUGAUAAAAACAGAGAUGGGUUUGUCUGUUUCGAGGAGUUUUCGUGCAUGAUGGAGAUGCAGCGAUGA